CCUCCCCACACCCUCGACUUCCCCCUUUUGUUAAUUAAAACUAAGAAGUAAGAAUGGCAACGACGUGGCCGGCUCCUGUGGAGAACGCUUAAGGACACCACGCCAAUUCCUCCCUUCCGAGAUGGAAAGAGGAGCUCCUAGCUCAUUUAAGCCGGGGUAGGGCUGGUUCUCCUUUCCGAGCCAAAAUCCCAGGCGAUGGUGAAUUAUGAACGUGCCACACCAUGAAGCUCUUGUGGCAGGUAACUGUGCACCACACCUGGAAUGCCGUCCUGCUCCCCGUCGUCUACCUCACGGCGCAAGUGUGGAUUCUGUGUGCAGCCAUCGCCGCUGCCGCCUCCGCCGGGCCCCAGAACUGCCCAUCCGUUUGCUCCUGCAGUAACCAGUUCAGCAAGGUGGUGUGCACCCGCCGGGGCCUCUCCGAGGUCCCUCAGGGUAUCCCCUCCAACACCCGGUACCUCAACCUCAUGGAAAACAAUAUCCAGAUGAUCCAGGCCGACACCUUCCGCCACCUCCACCACCUGGAGGUCCUGCAGCUGGGCAGGAACUCCAUCCGGCAGAUCGAGGUGGGGGCCUUCAACGGCCUGGCCAGCCUCAACACCCUGGAGCUGUUCGACAACUGGCUGACAGUCAUCCCCAGCGGGGCCUUUGAGUACCUGUCCAAGCUGCGGGAGCUCUGGCUUCGCAACAACCCCAUAGAAAGCAUCCCCUCUUAUGCCUUCAACCGGGUGCCCUCCCUCAUGCGCCUGGACUUGGGGGAGCUCAAGAAGCUGGAGUAUAUCUCUGAGGGCGCUUUUGAGGGACUGUUCAACCUCAAGUACCUGAACUUGGGCAUGUGCAACAUUAAAGAUAUGCCCAAUCUCACCCCCCUGGUGGGGCUGGAGGAGCUGGAGAUGUCAGGGAACCACUUCCCUGAGAUCAGGCCUGGCUCCUUCCAUGGCCUAAGCUCCCUUAAGAAGCUAUGGGUCAUGAACUCACAGGUCAGCCUGAUUGAGCGAAAUGCUUUUGACGGGCUGGCCUCGCUUGUGGAACUCAACUUGGCCCACAAUAACCUCUCUUCUUUGCCCCAUGACCUCUUCACCCCACUGAGGUACCUGGUGGAGUUGCACCUACACCACAAUCCUUGGAACUGCGAUUGUGACAUUCUGUGGCUAGCCUGGUGGCUUCGGGAGUACAUACCCACCAAUUCUACCUGCUGUGGCCGCUGUCAUGCUCCCUUGCACAUGCGCGGCCGCUACCUGGUGGAGGUGGACCAGGCCUCCUUCCAGUGCUCUGCCCCCUUCAUCAUGGAUGCACCUCGGGACCUCAAUAUCUCUGAGGGCCGGAUGGCGGAACUUAAGUGUCGGACUCCCCCUAUGUCCUCUGUGAAGUGGCUGCUGCCCAAUGGGACAGUGCUCAGCCACGCCUCCCGCCACCCAAGGAUCUCCGUCCUCAACGACGGCACCUUGAACUUUUCCCAUGUGCUGCUCUCAGACACCGGGGUAUACACAUGCAUGGUGACCAACGUGGCAGGUAACUCCAACGCCUCGGCCUACCUCAACGUGAGCACGGCCGAGCUCAACACCUCCAACUACAGCUUCUUCACCACUGUCACAGUGGAGACCACCGAGAUCUCACCUGAGGAUACAACGCGCAAGUACAAGCCUGUUCCUACUACGUCCACGGGUUAUCAGCCGGCAUAUACCACCUCUACCACGGUGCUCAUUCAGACCACCCGUGUGCCCAAGCAGGUACCCGCGACAGACACCAAUGAUAAGAUGCAGACCAGCCUGGAUGAAGUCAUGAAGACCACCAAGAUCAUCAUUGGCUGCUUCGUGGCAGUGACUCUGCUAGCUGCCGCCAUGUUGAUUGUGUUCUAUAAACUUCGUAAGCGGCACCAGCAGAGGAGUACAGUCACAGCCGCCCGGACAGUUGAGAUUAUCCAGGUGGAUGAAGACAUCCCAGCAGCGGCGUCUGCAGCAGCAACAGCAGCUCCUUCCGGUGUAUCAGGUGAGGGGGCAGUAGUGCUGCCCACAAUUCAUGACCAUAUUAACUACAACACCUACAAACCAGCACAUGGGGCCCACUGGACAGAAAACAGCCUGGGGAACUCUCUGCACCCCACAGUCACCACAAUCUCUGAACCUUAUAUAAUUCAGACCCAUACCAAGGACAAGGUACAGGAAACUCAAAUAUGACUCCCCCUCCCCCCAAAAACUUAUAAAAUGCAAUAGAAUGCACACACACACACACACACGCACACACAUGACAGCAACUUUUGUACAGAGUGGGGAGAGACUUUUUCUUGUAUAUGCUUAUAUAUUAAAUCUAUGGGCUGGUAAAAGAAACAGAUUAUAUUAAAAUUUAAAAACAAAAAAUCAAAACAAAACUAUUUUCUAACUUGUAAGUUCUAUUUAAAGGGGCAGUGGGGUUCUUGGGAAGGCUGUGGGGCAGAAGCCACAAGCCAACUUGUUAUGAUGCCAGAGGGAUUUCUGAUCUAAGGUUGAAACUGCUAAGAUAAACUCAAACAACAACAUACAUCCCUAAAGAGGCAGGGUGCGGGCUGCUGAGGGGUGGGGGUGGGGGGUCGACUGUCAUUUUUUAGGAGAUGCUUCAUAGCAUACAGGAUUACCCAUUUCUAUAGACGCCUUUCUUAAGCUGAGAGCUGUCUUUGCAAAUUUAUCUUAUUUUUAAAAAUACAAAAAAAAGCACCAAGGAUUUGUACUGUGCCAAAAUGUUGAGAGGCAAUAAUUUUUUUCUUUAGAGGCCAAGGGGAAGAUAGAUCUGUAACUGUUUUUUAAACAGGAAAACCACCAAAAUUCAAAUGACUCCCUAAAGGGGCUCAGUCUUUCCAUCUGUCCAUGUGCACAAGUCUCCUUGGUUGGUGCACUGGGACGCUCGUGUGCCCUGCCUGACAGCACACCUCAGGAAGGAGCGGAGAAGGAAGGAAGCUGUGUAGCUCUCAGUCCAAUGCUUUCACACUGCACCAGAUUCCUGCAGAUGGGUUUAACCCACUCUUUGCAGGACAUUUGUCUAUUCAGGGUUUCCCUUGAGAGGGAGGAGGCCCCUGAAGGGGGUGCGGCAACAGAGGGGGGUGGGAAGGGAGAGCAGAAGCAGAGAGAAUGUAUUCACAGGAGGCCAUAAAUUAGUACUGUGCCAUGUCCACCUGUUGUUCCUGGUAUCUGACAAAUGAUUGUAGACAAUGAUGGCAUUUUAUGAUUUUUUUUAUAAAGGUUUUGUUUGUUUUAAGGUGGAGAAGGAGGAGAGGCUGGGAUUGGGGAGCUUGGGGGAGUGGAAGCUUUUCUCAUGCUUGUGAUUUGGUGACUAUUCUAAAUGCUGAUUCAUUAGGGAUUAUUAUAGCUGAUGUCAACUGGUUGUGGUGAUGGGGUGGGGGCAGAACAUGAGUGGAGAGAGAAAAAGGGCACGGGCUCAUUUAAAGUAUAAUGAAGCCUUGACUGAACAGGAUGGUUCACAAAAAAGACGUGAAAUCCAGUUAAAACAAAAGUGAUACACAUGCACACAAGAAGUGAGUUCUGCAAGGAGUCCUGUUGAAUGUAGCACAAUGGGGGGAAGGCUUCCCUCUCCCAGGUCUACCUCAGGAGGAGGUGGAGGAGAAGGGGUGGGCGUGGGGGGUGACGGCAGAGAUCUCUGUUAUUCUGGUCCAUUUAAUGCUGUAACUUCUUUCAUUUAUUAUUUUAGCUUUAAAAAGAAAUAAAGGGUUCAGAUUUGAAAGGGGUGGGAUGGGUGGGUGGGGGGGAAUGCCAACAAAAGAACACUGAUUGUAAUGUGAGAAAAGUGUAUUUUUGUAUUUUAAUAAAUAUUGUUCAAUUUUUAA